AUAAAGAUCAGUCACUACAUUAAUAUUACAAUGAAAAGUAAGACCGUAAUAAUCAUCUGUUCUGUAAAAAUUUUCAGGAAUUGGUUUCAUCACCAGGAAAUAAAGAACAGGAACACUAACAUCUAAAUAUGAUUACUAAUUUUCUGAAUAAUAAGACAAGAUUACAGUCAACAAUGACCACCUGGAAGUACAGAGCUUAUGAGGUAGUGUGAAACCAAUGACGGAAAGUGAAGUUGAAUAAUACGUGCAAGAGUUAUAUCAAUAAAUGGUUGGCUCACAUGCGCCAUGUUUAUCAACAGUACAUAAAUCUGCUGAGUUUCACUUCCUACCUAAGGCAAAUGACGUCACAUCAACAUUACUAUAAAAGUCUCUUACAACUUCUGAAACCCGUCAUAUUUGAUUUUGUCACUGCUUAUAUAAAAAAAAACGGAAGACUAGUUUUUUUAUUCCGUAUUAACAAUUUAAGUUAAGAAAUGAAAGGGCAAACAUGUGCUGUACUAAUAAUUAUUGUUUUAUUUUCUAUGUUGUUUAAUUGUGGUAAUGGAUGUAAGUUAUGUGGUUCAAAAUGGUGUCCCUGUGGAUAUGGAGGUUUAGGAGGUUUUGGUGGACUUGGUGGAGGACUGGGAAGUCUCCAUUUUGGUGGCCUUGAUGGACUUGGUGGCUUAAGUGCUCUAGGAGUGCUUAAAGCAGCUCUUUCAUCUCCAAGCUAUGCACCUCCAAGCUAUGCACCUCCAAGCUAUGCUCCUGUAUAUGCACCACCACCACAAAUUACAAUAUCACCACCUGAAUCGGUUGCAUUAGCAGCACCAGCGACAUACGACUCACCAUCUCUGUCUGCUUUUAAUCCAGUUCAACUUCCACUCUCAUCCUCGAUAUGCGACUUAUGUAAUUCAUAUCCCCCAAAACGCUACCUUGGAUUUUAUUUUGGACGGAAGGCACUAUAUCGUUAAAGGAUUUAUCGCUAGCCUGUAAUGUCAUGCAUCACUUUCAAUCCUGCUCGAAGAAUACCAGCAACAUAUACAUUGAAGCACACGAAUCAUUGAGGUGGUCAAAUAAAUUUUGAUUAAAAAAAGCAUGACCAAUUAUUCACUACCCCCUUCGUUAUAGAUGAAAAUAUUUAACAGUAA